UGAGAAGUAUGCAAUCAUUUUAUGUGCGUUCUAUUCUAAUCAGAUAAUCAAAACCGGAAAAAAAUUAAAUAAUUUAAACAUUUAAUACUGUUAAAUAAUAUUUGGAACAAUGUUAACGGACACCGACGAUGAUUACUUCUUUGAAGAGGAUAAAAUUAAAAGCAUUUUAACGGAGUCCGCCGUCGUUGCACCUUUAUUACACAACGAGAAUGCUACGCUUUUGGAAACACAACAACAACAACAGCUACAACAGGAAACACAAAGUGAGCUGAAUUUAAAAGCUGGCAAUUGCGAUUUCGAAGUAGAAUUAGUGAUUGACACCGAACGGAAGGCAACACCCGCAAAUACUGAUGUCGCCGAGACUAACAUUAUUGUGCCGUUUUUAAGCGAACGUUUAAAUGAGUUCGAUAGGCAAAAAUUUGAAAUAGAACGCCUGGGCAUGACGGUGACCGUUAGUUCGGUGGUGAUUACGAAGGAUCAGAGCAAUUUAAUAGGCAUCAGCAUUGGCGGCGGCGCGCCACUGUGUCCCUGUCUUUAUAUAGUACAGGUCUUCGAUGGCACACCGGCAGCGCGCGAGGGCUCACUUCAAAGCGGCGAUGAACUGUUGGCUGUCAACUCGGUGAGUGUGAAGGGUAAAACCAAAGUGGAAGUAGCCAAAAUGAUACAGGCCGCCACCACAACGGUCACCAUACACUACAACAAAUUGCAUGCGGAUCCGGAGCAGGGCAAAUCGUUGGAUAUCAUAUUGAAGAAAUUAAAGCAUCGCAUAGUGGAUAAUAUGUCCAGUAAUACGGCCGAUACGUUGGGUCUUUCACGUGCCAUACUCUGCAAUGAUUCGUUGGUCAAGCGACUGGAAGAGCUUGAGGGCACCGAAUUGAUGUAUAAAGGUUUGGUGGAGCAUGCGCGUCGUAUGCUGAAAGCCUAUUACGAUUUGCUGCAGACAUAUAAGGCAUUUGGCGAUUGCUUUACGCAGAUCAGCGCGCGUGAACCGCAACAGCGCGCAUCGGAGGCGUUUCGCAUGUUUGGCGAAUUUCAUCGCAAUCUGGAAAAGGAUGGUUUGAAUAUUAUCAAGCAAAUUAAACCGGUGCUCUCCGAUUUGGGCACAUAUCUGAACAAGGCGAUACCGGAUACGAAAUUAACGGUACGCCGUUACGCCGACGCCAAAUUCACAUAUCUCUCCUACUGCUUAAAGGUCAAAGAGAUGGACGACGAAGAGCACAGUUUCGCCGCAUUACAGGAUCCACUCUAUCGCGUCGAGACGGGCAAUUACGAGUACAGACUCAUUUUGCGUUGUCGCCAGGAUGCGCGUAAUAAAUUCGCCAAAUUGCGUACGGAUGUGUUAGAGAAGAUGGAACUGCUCGAGUGCAAGCAUGCAAUGGAUUUGAAUAAACAAUUACGCUGUCUGCUCGAUAGUUUGGCACAGCUCAACCGUUCGGUAGUCGAGCGCAUAGAAGCGCUGCCGCCACUCUUUCCCAUUGAAGUUGAUUUCAAAGAAACUGACUUCCAAUACAAGUCAACAACGCUCAAACCACAAGAUCUGGAUGAUGAAGAGGAGGAGGAACAGACGAUCGUGCGCAACGAGUCGCACAGUUUACGCACAGCGAGCACAGAAGUCGUUUGUGGCUUAGAAGCUGUAGAAACGCCAGCACCCGUGGUGAAUAUACAACAAAAGGGCAAUCUGCUGGAUGAACUCGAUGCGGCACCGCAACAAAAUGUCGAUAGCAAUGAGACACUGCUCAAAGAGUUGGGACUGUACGGUGUCGAUCUCAUGUCAAAUCCGCAAACAUUAACGAAUCAAAAGGACUCGGUGGCUGCACAGAAUGGUGCUUACGACUUCGAUUUAUUUCUCAAUCAAACGGCAGCAACGGCAACGCAAUUGGAACAGGAUUUAAUGGCUGCGAAUGCGCUCGAAACAGAUUUGCUGUUGCAGUAAAUGUGCUAUGCAUGCGUGAAGCAUGGUUUCUUUAUGUGAAACUGUAUAUCACGUGGGCUGCACACUGAGAAAUAUAUUUAUUAUAAAUAAACUAGCUA